AUGUCAAAAAGUGCCUUUGUGAUAGGGGCCACUGGUGCUGUUGGUCGGCAACUUGUCGAAGCACUCAUUGCAUGCAAUCAGUUCAAAAGGAUCGUACUCAUCGGUAGAAGGCGGAUCCCACUGAACUGUGACAUUAUAGAACAAGCAGUUGUCGAUUUCGAUGCCAUUGAAAGUCAUCCUGAUCUCUUCAAAGAUAUUGACGUUGGAUUUUGUGCUUUCGGUACGACAUAUGCAAAAUCAGCCAUGGGUCUUUCACCAAUAAUUUCCGAUGUUCAGACAGAAUUGUACAAAGUAGAUCACGACUAUGUUGUAAACACUGCAAAAGUCGCUAGAGCUCAAGGUGUCAAGGAAUUCAUUUUGGUCUCAGCCUUGGGAGCAAGCGAACACUCAUGGCUACUGUAUUUCAGAACAAAAGGUGCCAUUGAACGAGACAUAGCUAAAUUGAAUUUUGAUAAAUUUGUUAUUGCGCGACCUGGAAUGUUCGAAACGGUUAGAGAAGAAAGUCGCCCUAUGGAGUCAUUUGUAAGAUUACUUGUCCAACCAUUGAAACUAUUCACUAAUUCGCUCUCGAUUCCUGCCACCGACGUUGCAAAGGCUAUGGUUGUCGCAGCUUGCUCUACUGAUCUGGAAGGUGUCGUAAUUUGGGAGAAUGCGACGUUAUUUGAGAAGAAAGAAUUAUUCGAUGACUUCUGUAAGAAAGACGACAUAGUUCAACAAACAAAGGAGGGCGACAUGAUCGCUUUCCUGAACGGAAAAGUUCUUGAGCGACAGGAAAGCAUACUAUUCCUUCUCCUCGUAUCAGCUGGAGCAGAUGACAAGCGCUAUCUGAAGCUUGUCGCGAUGGCUAUUGCCGUUCCCCCUCUGGUGCAGGGUAUCGGUAGCCAGCUUGAAGUGAUGUUGAGAAGCGCCUUUGUCGUAGGCGCAUCGGGUGCAGUAGGAACGCAACUGAUUGAUGCCUUGGUUUCAUCUCGUCAAUUCAAAAAAGUCCUUAUUAUUGGAAGAAGAGAAAUUCCGCUAAAGCAUGAGAAUGUGGAGCAAGCUGUGAUUAAUUUUGAUGCAAUUGAAAACCAUGCUGAUGUGUUCAAAGAUAUGGAUGUUGGAUUCUGCGCUCUUGGAACGACUCGUGGUAAAUCAGGAAAGGAAGGUUUUUAUAAAGUGGAUCACGACUAUGUGCUGAAUACUGCUAAGGUUGCUAAAGAUCAAGGCGUGAAAGAGUUCAUUUUGGUUACCUCUAUGGGAUCGAAUGAAAACUCAUGGUUUCUCUACCCAAGAACCAAGGGUGAAGUUGAGCGGGACGUUGCUGCUCUUGGAUUUGAUAAAUUCCUCAUUGUACGGCCUGGAAUGCUCGAAGGCCCAAGAGAAGAGCAUCGCUUUGGCGAAUCUUUGGCGAAAAUUUUCGUCAAGCCCUUAAAGCUGCUGAGCAACUCGAUAGCCAUUUCUACGACCGAUGUUGCCAAGGCCAUGGUUGUCGGAGCUUGCUCAAACGAAAUUAAAGGUAAAGUGAUUUGGGACAAUGCAACGUUGCUCGAAAAGAAGGAAUCUUUUGAUAAUUUAUGCAAAUAG